AUGGAUUUAAAGGUUAUCAUUUAAAAUUGUGUUUUAGUAACUUAAGGCAAUUUUUUUAUGGUUGUUUAAAUUGAUGAAUUGUAAUAUACAUCAAAAGAAAAGAAGACUUAAAAGUUUAGAAGCGAAGUUCAAUUUACAAAUGCUCACCCAUAAUUUAGAAAGAAUGUUUUUCAAUUUACCAAUCUCUCAUAUGGAGAUAGAGUCACUUUAAAAAUAGGUUGUUUUAACACCAGAUUAACAUCUGAACCUUAAGAAUAGCGUAAAUUACUUGAACAUUCUAUUCUUUUUGGAACUAUGUAAUUAGUCCUUACAGUGAAGCUAUUAGAAGUGCUUCGUAUAGAAGGUUAAUUGUAACAUGAAUCUCUUCUUUAUGACCCAGAAGAUCAAAGGAAAGAGAAAGGAAGAAUUUCAAUUUUACUUAGACAUCAAUCUCAUGAUCUCAAGGCAUAAGUAGAAGAUGAUGUGGAAAGAAUAGAAGAAAUUUAUUAUGAUCCAUUUGAGAAAGAUGAAGCUAUAAUAAGGAGAAAAUUGCAAAGAGUUGAAUUAAAACUUACAAGUUUGAAUUUGUCAAUGGAACCUAUUUAAAAGAAACUGAAUUUCAUAAGAACUGCUCAUAAAUAAAUAUCUUUUGAUUUGGCAACUCUUAGAUAACAGAAGGAUCAAAUUGAAGAAGAGAAUAAUUACUUCUAAAAAAUUGUAAACUAAAAAAAUGAUGUUAAAGAAUUGCAUAUUUAGAUUGAUUUAUUAUGUAAUACUGAUUAUGGUUAAGAUAUAUUAAAGAAGAAAUUAGUUUUAUUAAUGAAUAAAUUAGAAUUUGAACGCAGAAUUUAUCAUGAAUUAUCAAAUCACUAUUAUUAAAUAGAAAGUGCUCAUACUGAAGCAAAGAAUAAAACUUAAGAGUUGUAAACACUUAAAGAUACUAUUUAAGAACAAGAUUUUCUAAUUAAAAGAUUAGAAGAUCAAAGACCUAUCCUAACUAAUUUGAAAGAAACUAUGGAAAAUUAAGAAAAUAUCAUUCUUAGUUUAUAAGAGACUAUUAAAGAAACUUCAAAAAAUUUAACUAGGUUAGAUAAACAAUAAUUAUUUUACAAUUUAGAUAAAUUAAGGGCUGAUUAACAAUUACUUAAAUAGAAAUAAGUUUAAUUGUAGCACAUAUCAGAGAUGAAUAAGGGAGAAAUUCCAAGAUCUUUCUUUGAAUAAUUUAAAAGUGAUGAUUUUUUUAGAGAUAAUCCAAUCAUUGUGAGUAAAUUUCAAAAAAGAGCAGAAAUGCUAUUGAAAGAGAUUGAAUUAUUGCAAGAAGGAUUAGCAGAAACUAGAUAAGCCCCUAUAUAAUAAUCUAUUCGUCCAAAAUCUUAAGGUACUAAUGAUAAUGUAAUUCUUUAAUUGGAAAUAUAAUAAGCAGAAAAUAAGGCAGAAAUAUUGGAAGAGUAAAUGUUAGCUGUUGCAAGAAAUUAUGCAAAAUAAAUUGCAGAUUUAAAAGCACAAUUAAAUAUAAUUGAAGCAUAAUUACGAUGA